GCCCAGUGAACAAAGCUGGUUGACAUGACGUCAAUACAACUAGUUUGCAACCAGGUUGUAAUGGUGUAGUACUGAUAUCAUUUCAACCAGUUUUGCUCGCCUGCUGGGAGGCUACAUUACGUAUUGAUGACAUUAUCUAACCCAUGACGCCUCUUCCCUUUAAUACUCCACUGCAUUAAGUUGUAAUGAGAUCAGAUCAGGGACUCUCCAUGUCUCAUAGGUUGUCAGAUGUCUAAUUCCUUAGUCAGGUUAAUGCCUCGUUGCCUUGGUAACCUCUUGAAGUAUUGUCAACAAAGUCAGAUAUUUUCUGAAUGAGAAUGAUUUGCACCAGAGCAGAAAGAUAGCAGAGAACAUAGGGAUGAGCUGUUUUGUCAGUUUAUUUGCUACCUACAGGCUACAGACAGUGAGAGUGUAUGUAAUGAUAGAGCCAGUUGAUCUUUCCUCUGGAUUAGCAUUUCAAAAGGAACUGUGAACUCUGACUUCCAACUGCCACCUUGUGGUAUAAUUGAGCAACACCACACCAUUGCCAAAUACAAAUCAAGCAACAUAUAUGUGCUGUACUAUAGCCUCACAACAUAUAUUGUUUUGAUCAGUUCAUCGUAACAGUUAACUAUGGUAAACUGUUACUCUAUGAUGAGCUUGUUCUUCAAAGGGACUGAUAUAUUUAAUGCUUUAGUGCCAUGUCACCACCACAACACAGACUUGUGUGACUUUGUGAUUCCUUCUCCCUACUGGCUGAUAUCCCAGGAUAUUUUAGAUCCCUCUAAAGUAGUUGGCCUCGGACCAUGUUCUACGCUAACUGCUGAGUAGCAGUGAAACAGCAUGGCAUCAAUGAGCUAACAUGUGUCCCAAAUGGCACCAAAUUCCCUAUGGACCCUGGUCAAAAGCAUUGCAUUAUAUAAGGAACCAGAGCCCUAUGGACCCUGGUCAAAAUUAUUGCAUUAUUUAGGGAAUCGGAUGACAUUUAGAGGUCCUCCCCUUCCAUCGUCCCCUCCGCCUUCUGCUCCUUGGCAACAGUCAGGUGACCCCGCCGGAGUUCACUGAAGCAGGCGGCUGUGUUGCUCCUCUUGUCUCCCUCACUCACACUCGCUCCGCUGAACAGGGCCAGGGGGACUGUGCUGUGUUGCAUGACUCUGUCUGUCUGGGCUCUGCCGAGUGCUGACAUGACCACAGAACAGGAGAAGAAUGAGCUCACACAGACUCCUCUGCUCAAGAUAUGGGUGCCAUGGUUGGGGAUGGGAGGCUGCAAGCUAAGUCGCCGGAGAGGCUCCUCCGUGCCCCAGCUCACCAACUCCCCCACUCUGAUUGUGAUGGUUGGACUGCCUGCCAGGGGGAAGACAUACAUAUCCAAGAAGCUCUCCCGCUACCUCAACUGGAUAGGGGUUCCAACAAAGGUCUUCAACUUGGGCCAGUAUCGCAGGGAAGCAGUCCAGAGCUACAAGAACUUUGAGUUCUUCAGACCGGACAAUGAGGAGGCCAUGCAGAUUCGCAGGGCCUGUGCUACAAAUGCCCUUGAAGAUGUAGUUAUCUACUUCUCAAAGGAACAUGGACAAGUAGCCGUGUUUGAUGCCACCAACACAACACGGGAGAGGAGGAUAUCCAUUGUGAGCUUUUCCAAGGAAAAAGGCUACAAGGUAUUUUUUGUGGAGUCCAUUUGUGAUGAUCCAAACAUCAUUGCACAGAAUAUCACGGAAGUGAAAGUGAGCAGCCCAGACUAUGUGAACUGUGACAAGGAUGAGGCGCAGGCAGACUUCCUGAAACGUAUCGAGUGCUACAAGCAAACCUAUGUGCCUUUGGACGAUGAGAAAGACAGGCAUCUGUCUUACAUCAAGAUCUUCAACGUGGGCUCUAGGUACUUGGUGAACCGUGUGCAAGACCAUAUACAGAGCCGGAUCGUGUACUACCUUAUGAACAUCCACGUCACACCGCGCUCUAUCUUCCUGAGCCGCCACGGGGAGAGCGAGCUGAACCUGCUGGGUCGCAUUGGGGGAGACUCAGGACUCUCUCCCAGGGGUCACAAGUAUGCCACUGCUCUGGGGGGCUUCAUCAAGGGCCAGCAUAUAAAGGAUCUGAAGGUGUGGACCAGCCAUAUGAAGAGGACCAUCCAGACUGCAGAGCAUCUGGGGAUUCCAUACGAACAGUGGAAGGCUCUCAAUGAGAUUGAUGCAGGUGUGUGUGAGGAGUUGACAUAUGAAGAUAUCCAGGAGAACCACCCAGAAGAGUUUGCACUGAGAGACCAGGACAAGUACCGGUACCGUUACCCCAAGGGUGAGUCGUAUGAAGACCUGGUCCACCGUCUGGAGCCAGUGAUCAUGGAGCUGGAGAGACAGGAGAAUGUGCUGGUCGUGUGUCACCAAGCCGUCAUGCGUUGUCUGCUGGCCUACUUACUAGACAAAACCGCAGAUGAGUUACCAUACCUAAAAUGUCCUCUUCAUACUGUGCUCAAACUUACACCGGUGGCCUAUGGGUGUAGAGUGGAGCACAUUUGCCUAAACAUUGAGGCAGUCAACACGCACAGAGAGAGACCUGGGAAUGUGGACAUAACCAGAAACCCAGAAGAGGCGCUGAAGACUAUUCCUGACCACUUUUGAAUAUGAUUUAGAGGAUAUGGACUCUAGGACCGUACUGAACCAGCAAUAUUAUAUUUUCAAGUUUUAACUUUAUUGCUCGAUCAAUUAUGUCUUAGUACCUUUUCCCGAUUAAACUUGUCAAAAUCAGCAAGUGUCAAAGGGGAAAAAGAUAAGGAAGAAGACUAGAUGAAUAGAAGAUCAAAAAGGACAAACUCCACUGCCUCCUGAAGCAGUGAGGGGGAAAUGGACUUUCUGCCUCCAACAUGGGAUGGCUAAAGCCCAGUACUGUAUGAGUGUUGUUGACUGACCUAUAACGUCCAAUAAAUGUGCAUCAGUCUGCUCUGUCUUACCCUGGAGUCUCAUGGUGAAGUGCAGUCGGACAGGCUGUGUGAGAGGUGGUUUGGCAUGGUAUUGUCACUAGAAUGUCAAAGAGGUCAGACAAUUCUGACAUUAGGCUACAGGAUGACGAAAUGAAAAUGUCCUCCAUUCUAGUAGAUUAAUAAACACAUCUUCUGUUACUUAAUGAUACAUGUCUGACUAAGUGUCAACAUCAUGAACAGUUCCCAAACAAACAACAUGUCUACAUUUUAGCAGACUCUCUGGUCUUAUAGUUGUGAGUGGGUAGAUUUUAGAUUAUUUUUUUCCGUACUGGUCCCACAUGGGUAUUGAACACAGAACCCUGGUGUUGCAAGCACCAUGAUCUACCAACCGAGCCACACAGGACCUGAUGGAUGUGAAAAACGGUGUGACUUUGCUAAAGGAGUCUCUUGGCUUGGCUAGAUGUGCAACACUACUGAUUACAUACAAGAAAACUUGUUGUCAAUAAAUACAUUUGUGACAAUGGUAUACGAUACCACUAGUUAAGACAAAGAGUUUAUUGUACUGAAUAAGUGGAACUAGAUUUAUGAAAUAAAUGGUGAAAUUAAAA